AUGUGGAAAACCUCAGUUGUCAUAGCCACGGUGGCCUUGUGCCCGUUAGUCUCUUCUUCAUUGGCUGAUUUCGCCCUUCAGAAGACGCUCAGCGAUGCAACCCCGAUAUUUGGAUCCUAUGUCAAAGAGUCGGGCAAAAAGGCCGAAUGGAUGAAGGCAUACCCGGAUAACACUUUACUUGUUCACAUGAACAUCCCCGGUACUCACGAUGCCGCAACGUGGAAUUAUACCCAAGCAACGCAAGAUGCUCUGCGAGGGAUCACAGACUUGAAUCAAGUCACUGUUCCAGUGCCAGAGUCAUUCCGCUGUCAAGAGUUGCCAUUGAUUGAUAUGCUCAAUGAGGGUAUUCGAGCCUUUGAUCUGCGCUAUGCUCUGGACCCAACCAACUCCAGUCUCAUCUUCUACCACUCUCAAGCACUGCUCUCGGAGACAGCUACGAUGGACGAUGUGCUGUUUGGAUUUUAUAAGUGGCUGGAUGAUCACCCAUCUGAGACAAUAUUUCUCUCGUUCCAGCAUGAGGGCUCGACAGCUCGCUAUGCAUCCGACGAUGCGGCAUCGCAGCUGAAGAUGUACAACGCUCUGACUUCUUCCGCCGCGCGUCAUUAUUUUGUUCAGACCAAAGACCAGUUGGGCACAUUGGGUGAUGCGCGAGGAAAAAUUACCUUGAUGCGCCGGUUCGAUCUGGGCAACCUGCCGGAUUCCUACACAGCCGCCCUUCCCGGUCUGCACUUCUCGCCUAGCGCGUGGACCGACAACGGACCGGAUAUCAGUCUGGUGUACAACUCGAAAAAGAAUCUGACCGCGUAUAUUGAGGACUACUACCAGCCUCUUACGCCGAUGGGAUCGGAUGCGAUCGAGAAUAUCAAGUGGAAGUACAAUGCUACCGUGGCAAACAUUGACAAGGCCACCACCCAGCAUCCAGAUAGUCUCUUCUGGAGCUGGGCAUCAAGCACAAACCUCGACAAUAACCCGCCUGACUGGCCCCGCAUCAUGGCGCUCGGAAAUGGCACCAAGUACACUCCAGAUGGUGGGGUUAACCAGCUCCUUCUGUCAUAUCUGAAAGAACAAAAAGGCAAACGCGUGGGGAUUGUGAUGUUUGACUUCUUUGACCAACCCUCCACAUUGAUUGAUACAUUCUUGGACAUUUGA